CGGGGAUCUAGUAGUGGUGAUGGAGCACUGUUCAGCCUAGGCUUGGAGUGGACGGUGAGAAGGCAUUGGUCCAUCGCGAGGUCCGAAUUAAGGCGAAGGAGGGAGAAGAAGGGCGACUGCGAGUCCAACGGUGGAACCAGGCCUGCCUCCGUCAGUAUAUAAUUCAAUGAUUCUGCUGCAAUCGAGGAAUAUCCAGAACAUCAAUCCAGACCUCCCAUCUUUCUACAACUCAAAAGAACCAGCACCAAUCCGAAUCACUUCACCCAAAUUUCGACAAAAUGGUCCAAUUCACCCUCACCCUCGCUCUCAGCAUGGCUGUUCUCGCCGUUGCAGUCCCCUCUGAGCCAAUCCUUGAGCGCAGCAAUGGGAACUGCAAGAAUGGUGUUCUUUAUUGUGGGCACACGCUCGACAACAUGGGCUGGAAUUAUCAGACCAUCAAAAACGCUUGCUACGCCUCCAGUUACAACAAUGGGCAAGUUCCAGAUGAUGGACAGAUCGAGCAGAGCUUGUUCAAGUGUGGCGCUUCCGGUGGCGCCCUCGUUUGGGUGAACAACCGCACACCGUGUGCGCGUGGAUGUGUCGAUGGAGGAAGCGGAAACUCGGACUAUUGCGAAUAAGUCCAACGCCUAGACAAUGUUCUUGGAAGAGGGGGAAAGAGGGCGGAAAGAGGAACAGGAAGAAGCAUU